GAUUCAUUACCAUAUCCAGAUAUCAUCUGGAUAUAGAAAGAAAUUAAAAAAUGGGAGACAGCGAAGAACUAUAUUCCCAAUUUCAUGUUUUUCAUGAUCAUGGGCAAAUGUUUGUGCUUUGUCUCAUAUGCCAAACGGUUAUAAAAAGUGAUGGUGAGAGAUUACAGAAGCAUAGGAUGGUUUGUAAUGAUAAUAAACAAGCAAGUAAUAAUAAGGCUAAAAAACGGAAAGUCACCAAGAGCAAUACAACUAAUAUGCACUCAUCACUCAACGAUUCAGCUCAGACUGCGUCGGAUAAUGUGCAAAAAUCUUCUAACGACGGCCUCAAUACUAUUGACGAAGCAUUGGCCAAAUUUUUUUUCGGUUGUAAUAUAUCGUUUUCUGUCAUAGAAUCGGUACAUUUUAAAAAUUUUAUAUCUAUUUUAAAUCCGACUUAUAAACUGCCGACAAGGAAGACUUUAUCUACAAGUAUCUUGGAUAAAUUUCAUACAAAGAUGAUGGCCGCUAGAAAAGAGUCUUUGAAGAAUACAGAAUCAGUACUUUUAAUUGAUGGCUGGAAAAAUUCCCCUGCCAAUACAAAAAAUAUUGUUUGCGUUUUAUACAAUGCGAGCAAAAAGCAACAAGUUUUUCUAGAGUCCUACGACUUUUCUGGCCUCCAAGAAACUGCAAUAGCUUUAAAAAAGAUAGUUAACGAAGUAACUGAACUAUGGACUAUGGAAGCUAUGGACUUGUAUGGCACGACUAUAUACGCUGUUGUUUCUGAUAAUGUCUCGUCAAUGAUUGCCAUGGGAAAGUCUAUUGACUUAUGGCAUACCACUUGCAAUAGUCACAGUGCCAAUCUUUUAGCUAAAUCUGUAGUACAGAAGAGCUUCGCAAUUAAAGUUAAUGCUUUAUUAAAAGAAAUUAAAAAUCCGAAUUUAGAAGUCGAACUAAUAAAGAGGGGUGGAUCAAAAAUUGUUUUAGCAUGUGAAACACGCUGGUGUAGUCAUCGUGAUUCGUUCAAAUGUGCAUUGAAAAAUUUAGAUAUUAUGCGAACAGUCGUACAAGAGAAGCAAAUAAAGUUUAACACGAAACGAGUUUAA